GCGUCUUCAUUCAUUUUCUAGUCUUCGUUGUAAACCGGUUGCCUGAACAAGUUGUGCUAAAGGAACUCUGAGAUUGAGACUCUUAUUGCCAGUAGAAUAUAGGCGUGAUCCGGUCAUCCGGGAAACAGAAUAGAAAAUGAAGUGCAUGUUACUUCUAAUUGUGGGACUUUUCCUUUUCGCAGGAAUCACCACCGUGCGCGCUGAGGAUGAACUAGACUCCGAGGACGUACCAUCGGUCGAGCAGGAUCUGGGCGCUUCGAAGGAAGCUUCCCGUACCGAUGCGGAAGUGAUACAGCGUGAGGAAGAAGCUAUUAAAUUAGAUGGACUGAGUGUAGCGCAGAUCAAAGAAUUGCGUGAAAAGUCUGAAAAAUUCACGUUCCAAGCUGAAGUAAACCGUAUGAUGAAGUUGAUUAUAAAUUCUUUGUACCGAAACAAGGAAAUCUUCUUGCGUGAGUUGAUCUCGAAUGCUUCAGAUGCCUUGGAUAAGAUCCGUCUGCUGUCGCUUACCGAUCCUAACGUAAUGGAGACAAACAACAAGCUCGAGAUCAAAAUAAAGGCAGACAAGGAAAACAGGGUGCUGCAAAUUAUUGACACCGGUGUCGGCAUGACGAAACAAGACUUGGUUAACAACUUGGGUACGAUAGCGAAAUCGGGUACGGCCGAUUUCCUCUCGAAGAUGCAAGAGACGAAGACUGAGGGACAGGAUGUGAAUGAUAUGAUUGGACAAUUCGGUGUCGGUUUCUAUUCGGCCUUUUUGGUUGCUGAUCGUGUCGUAGUAACCACUAAACACAACGACGAUAAACAGUACAUCUGGGAGUCGGACGCCGCAAGUUUCAGCAUUGUAGAACAUCCUAGUGGUAACACACUGGAGCGUGGAUCGCAAAUUUCACUGCACUUGAAGGAGGAAGCCCAAGAUUUCCUGGAGGAUGACACUAUUAAGCAAUUGAUUAAGAAAUAUUCGCAAUUCAUCAACUUCCCAAUCUACAUGUGGACGAGCAAAGAAGUCGAAGAGGAAGUUCCGGUUGAGGAAGAAGCUGCGGAGAAACCCGAGAAAAAAGAUGAGGAUCAUGCUGAAGAGGAAGAUGGUAAAGUUGAAGAAGAAACCGAGGAUGACAAACCAAAGACGAAGAAAAUUAAGAAGACUGUGUGGGAUUGGGAAAUCAUGAAUGAUAGCAAGCCAAUUUGGACUCGCAAGCCGAACGAUGUUUCGGAAGACGAGUAUACAGAAUUCUACAAGAGCUUGACUAAAGAUUCUUCGGAACCUUUGACGCAGACUCACUUUGUGGCGGAAGGCGAGGUCACCUUCAAAUCUUUGCUGUACAUUCCAAAGGUUCAACCCUCGGAAAGCUUCAACAGAUACGGAACGAAGGCAGACAACAUUAAGCUGUAUGUGAGACGUGUGUUUAUUACGGAUGAAUUCAACGAUAUGAUGCCAAACUAUUUGAAUUUUAUUCGUGGCGUUGUUGAUUCCGACGAUCUUCCCUUGAAUGUUUCUCGUGAAACUCUCCAGCAGCACAAACUUAUUAAGGUUAUCAAGAAAAAACUCGUUCGAAAGGCGCUGGAUAUGAUUAAGAAGAUCGAUAAGGAGGCGUAUGAGAAGUUCUGGAAAGAAUAUUCAACUAACAUCAAACUUGGAAUCAUGGAAGACCCCAGCAAUCGUUCCCGUUUGGCCAAGUUGUUACGUUUCCAAUCAUCCGAAGGCAAGAGCACCAAGGAGUACACAAGCCUUUCUGAGUACGUAUCUCGCAUGAAACCAAAGCAGGAACACAUCUACUUCAUUGCCGGUGCAAGCCGUGCUGAGGUCGAGAAGUCUCCAUUCGUUGAACGUUUGCUGUCGCGUGGUUAUGAGGUUUUGUACCUUGUGGAAGCAGUUGACGAGUACAGCAUUUCCGCUCUGCCAGAAUUCGACGGUAAAAAAUUCCAAAACGUCGCCAAGGAAGGAUUUGUCCUCAACGAUUCGGACGAAGCCAAGGCCAAAUUUGAAGAACUCAAGACUGAAUUCGAACCACUCCUCAAAUGGUUGAACGAUGUUGCUCUCAAGGACAAGAUUGCCAAGGCACUAGUUUCGGAACGUCUCUCUAACUCACCGUGUGCUUUGGUGGCUUCAAUGUUCGGCUGGACCGGUAACAUGGAGCGUCUUGCCAUGGCUAACGCCCAUCAAAAGACUGAUGACCCCCAGCGUCAAUACUAUCUGAAUCAACGUAAAACUCUUGAGAUUAAUCCGCGCCAUCCAUUGACCCGUGAGUUGUUGCGUCGUGUAGAAGCCGAUGCUGAUGAUCUCGUCGCAAAGGAUAUGGCCGUCCUGAUGUUCAAUACUGCCACUCUUCGAUCUGGCUUCCACUUACAGGAGACCGCCGAUUUUGCCGACAGCAUCGAACGGAUGAUGCGUCAAACGCUCGGUGUGUCGUUGGAUGAAGUUCCAGAGCAGGAAGAAUUUUCCGAAGAAGACAGCUCCGAAGGCGGAGCUAAGGACGAAGGGGAAGAUAUCAAUGCCGAAGAUGAUGGAGAGCAUGACGAGCUGUAAAGCAAACCGAGCAAAUGAAUGAAUCAGCGUGUGAGUGAGCAUGUGAAUGAUUAGCUAAAGGGAGCAGAUUUUGAGUCAAUAGUUCGUCCAUGUCCUAUAAUUCCAUUUGCAUCAAGCUACUUUCCCCUUAUGACAGGAAGCAUAUUUUAAUUAUGCUCGAUUGAUCUUUAGAUAAGCGUCCAUUUUGUAGAAAUAGUAAUUAGUUUACGUUUUGCAUUGUGAAGAAGAGCUGUGUUCUUAUGCGUAUACUGUAAUGUGGAACAAAUUUAUGGUUUUGUUUUUGGUCUAUGAGUAGUACAAACAUGAUUAUCAUCACAAACACACACUAUUUAGUGACCAUCCCAUGAAAGUGAUGCUACAAUGCGCGGGUAACUCAUCUAAAUGAUAAAAAAGAACAAAUAUAUGUUUUGAUUAAAAUUA